GGGCGGGGCCUCCGGCACCUCCUCCGCUGGGAGCCGAGGAGAGAUGGCGGCCGCCGACGGCGUCGGGGAGGCUGCGCAGGGCGGGGAGCCAGGUCAGCCGGAGCCGCCGCCGCCCCAGCCGCAUCCCCCUCCGCCCCAGCUGCCGCAAGAAGAGGCGGCGGCGUCCCCUAUGGACGACGGGUUCCUGAGCCUGGACUCGCCAACCUAUGUCCUGUACAGGGACAGAGCAGAAUGGGCUGAUAUAGAUCCAGUGCCGCAGAAUGAUGGCCCCAAUCCAGUGGUCCAGAUCAUCUAUAGUGAAAAAUUUCAGGAUGUUUAUGAUUAUUUCCGGGCUGUCCUGCAGCGUGACGAGAGAAGUGAACGAGCUUUUAAACUAACCAGAGAUGCUAUCGAGUUAAAUGCAGCCAAUUACACAGUGUGGCAUUUUCGGAGAGUUCUCUUAAAGUCACUUCAAAAGGAUCUACAUGAGGAAAUGAACUACAUCACGGCAAUAAUUGAGGAACAGCCCAAAAACUAUCAAGUUUGGCAUCAUAGGCGAGUGCUAGUGGAAUGGCUGAGAGACCCAUCUCAGGAGCUUGAGUUUAUUGCUGAUAUUCUUAAUCAGGAUGCAAAGAAUUAUCACGCCUGGCAACAUCGACAAUGGGUUAUUCAGGAAUUUAAACUUUGGGAUAAUGAGCUGCAUUAUGUAGACCAACUUCUCAAAGAGGAUGUGAGAAAUAACUCUGUCUGGAACCAAAGAUACUUCGUAAUUUCUAACACCAUGGGCUACAAUGAUCGUGCUGUAUUGGAGAGAGAAGUCCAGUACACUCUGGAAAUGAUCAAACUAGUACCACAUAAUGAAAGUGCUUGGAACUAUUUGAAAGGGAUUUUGCAGGAUCGUGGUCUUUCCAAGUAUCCCAACCUGUUAAAUCAAUUACUUGAUUUACAACCAAGCCACAGCUCCCCCUACCUGACUGCCUUUCUCGUGGACAUCUAUGAAGACAUGCUAGAAAACCAAUGUGGCAACAAGGCAGACAUUCUUAAUAAAGCAUUAGAGUUAUGUGAAAUCCUAGCUAAAGAAAAGGACACUAUAAGAAAGGAAUAUUGGAGAUAUAUUGGAAGAUCCCUUCAAAGCAAACACAGCACAGAAAGUGACUCACCUACAAAUGUACAGCAAUAACACCAUCUAGAAGAACUUGAUGGGAUGCUUUUAUUUUUCUAAGAGACUCUAACGCAGGAGUUAAAAACCAGAGCGAUCAUCCCCUUUGCCUGUGGUGUGAAAUGUACAUUACACGGGCACUGCUUUUUAACAUGAACCCAGUGUGAUGCUCCUGGGGUGCUAAUGCUGUUCAGACUGGUUCUGAGUGAUUUGAUUCUUGUUAAGCAGAGUGAUUCAGGGGAGGGAGGAGAAACAGGAAGUCCCCAGAGGAACUUGGUAGCCUUUCAGCAUUCACUGUAACCCCUUAGCAGCAACUGCCCUAAACGGUGUAUAUGUCAGGAUUUGCAGCGUUAAUGUUUGCAGGCAACGCGUAUGUGAAGGAUGUGAGUCACUUACAUUUCAGUUCAGAAAGCAGGGAGUGCAGUUGUUACAUUAGAGCUGCUCUGCCACACUCACAGUAUCUUGCUAUCACUGUAACCAACUAAUGCCAAAAGAAUGGUUUUGUAAUAAAAUUAUAGCUGUAUCCUAAAACAA